AUGGAAAACGAAGAUAAUUUAAGGGACGGGGUUUUCAAAUCCCGUCUCACGGACAUCACGAAUCGCCCACCGAGAAGACCCAUUUCUUCGAUUUCCGGAGACGAUGGGAACUCGCAGUUCACAAAGAAAGUGUGCUUAGGGGUAGAGAAUUUAGUAAAAAAGAAGUGUCAAUCACAACUUGUUAGUGCACAAACUCACCCCAACAACAAAGGCAAGACCUUGUUAAAACCAAAGGGGAAAGACCCACUUUUCAAGUUGCCAUUCUGCAGUGAUGCUUUUACGCAGAACGUCUCGUCUCAAAAUAUGAAUUUACCGAGUGAUGUAAGCGAGGAGCAGAAUUUGUUGGGUGGCGGUGGAAAUUCCGUUGGGUUUGGAGAGAAAGGUCAAGGAAGACCCUCAACUGAAGGGUUCAUCAAUCGUGCAAUUGAAAGUGAUGACAUGGCCCUGACAAUUUGGCAUCAAGCGAGUGAUGUUACUGACAAUUUGGCAUCAUCCAAAUGUGCGACGAUGGAACUGCCAACAAACUCCGCUUCUGGUGGUUCUAAAUUUCCAGGACUGGAACGGUGUGCGCAACUCAAGGGAGAUGGUGCUGCAAAUUCAACUGUUGCUGGCGGGGACCUUCUGAAAAAUUGCUCUUGUUCCUUUUGUUCUAAAGCUGCUUAUAUGUGGUCCGAUCUCCAUUACCAGGAUGUCAAGGGUAGACUUAGUGCUGUGAAGUACAGUCAGAAAGAAGCAAGCAUGAUAUUUCAGAAAUUUUCUGGACUGGAGGAUACGGUCAUAGAUGACCAACAAAGCAGUACGGAGUCGUUCAAGUUAGAGUUGUCCCUUAUGCAUCAGUGGAAGUCUCUCUUUGCUCAUAUGGAGAAUGCAUUUGUUCAAGAAAGUAGCCAGCUUGAAUCCAGCCUUGAAACACUGAAAGAUUUGAGAAAGAACUGCAAGGAUGAUCUUGAGUUGUCCGGUAACAGCCAAUUUGACAAUCACUAGUGUUCCAAUGCUUUUCAUGAUCGUAAGGUUGCUUCGAACCUCAGUCCAUUAGUUUCAAGUUUCAAUUAAUAUGCAUAUGCCCACCUGUGGCUGUUACCUGUAUUUUUUUGU